CUACCACCAUGCGUUGCACGUUUUGUUUCUACAAGGUACAUCGGCUCCUUCGGCUGUCCCGUCUUCCUGCCAAUUGUCGCGUCCUUUGAAAAUAAGCACCACGUGCCUUAUGGGAGAUGGCACUUUAUUUUAUUUGGGCGUAAGUCUAUUUUGCGCAGACUCCCUCUGGCCAAAGGGCGGUUGCACAAAGGAUCAUCCGCCCCAUCACUCUCAAACCCAUCCUCUUGUUCAUCCAUUCGAGGAAGAAGAAAGAAGAAAAAAAACCAACCCAACUAACUACAACCAACUACAACCAAGAAAGAAGAAUGGCACUCCCGGACGACCCAAAGACGAUCGCAAGGCUGCUCGAGCAAGUGGCCCAACACGCGGCCGGCCAGCUCGACUGCUCGACCGAAGUCCAGCGGCAUACCCUUCCCCUCCGACCCUUCCCUGCACACUCUGCGCAAUUCGUUUCCAGCUCCUGCAAAGAGUCUUCCGGCUCCACCGUAGGAGCAGCAGCAGCAGCAGCAGGUACAGGAGCAGGGUCAGGGGCAGGAACAGGGACAGCGGUUGGGACGAUGGAUGAAGAAACACGGGCGUUCCUAAAGCAAGGGUUAAGUGAACAUGGCUCUGGGUUAGAGAAGACUGUAGAGGAGCUCCUGACGAGGAUCGGACCGUCGUUGGCGAACAGUGCGGGGCCACGGUAUUUUGGGUUGGUGACUGGAGGGGUCACGCCGGCGGCCCUGUUGGCGGAUUGGGUGGUCUCGACCUAUGAUCAGAACACGAUCCUCUGGAGCGACGAGCAGACUUCGGGAUAUAGUCUGAUCACGGAGCUGGGGAUGCGGAUGCUCGUCCAACUGUUUGAUCUCCCCUUGCCCGAGCAGGUUGGGGGCCGCGACGGUAACGACGUCGUCGUCGUCCAUAGUGAAGCCAAUGGUGAUGGUGAUGGUGGACAUGAAGAGUCCAAGGGGUUCAGGGCAAUGACGACGACGGGGUCGACGGCCUCGAACAUCGUGGGCAUGGCUGCUGGGCGACAAUGGCUUGGGAUCUAUGAUCGGGAUGGGACGGAUUAUGCACAGGAUGGGUAUGAUGGGCAGGUGGUGGUGGUGACGAACAUGGCCCAUGCGAGUGUGUGGAAGGCGGCGAGUAUCUUGGGGAUUGGACGGAAGCAGGUCGUGGAGGUCCCAGAGAUGGGGAUGGGGGACUCGGAGGAGGAUGAGCGUGAGGAGGCCUUGGAAAGCAAGGUGAAGGAGUUGAAAGAACGGGGAAAGAGUGUUCUUGUGUUCUUGGCCUUUGGGGAGGUUAACACGGGCAUAUUCCCGAAGAACACGCGUCGGAUCGCGGAGAUUUGCAGAAAGUAUAACGCGUACUUUCAUAUCGAUGGCGCCUUUGGGAUCUACGCGCGUUGUUCUCCAAAGUACGCGCACCUCGCUGACGGGCUUGAAUUGGCCCAUAGCAUCACCGCCUGCGGACACAAAUGGCUGAAUGUUCCUUACGACUGCGGCCUCUUCCUGUACCGGUCCUCACUCGAGACCGCGAUCCUCGAACCGAUCUUCUCCUCCACAGCCGCAUACCUCCGUCCCUCCGGCACAUCCUUCUCGCACCCGAUGAACAUCUCGAUCGAGAACUCUCAGCGGUUCCGCGCCCUCCCCGUCUGGGCUACCCUCCACGCCUACGGUCGUGAGGGGUACUGUAGGAUCGUGGAGGAGAACUGUCGGUUCGCGAAACGGAUGUUUGAUUGGAUGAAGGUGGAGAGGUGUGAUUUAUUUGAGGUGCUCACGGAGGAGUGUCCGUUGAACAUCGUUGUCUUUGCGGGGAUUAGUCUUCCUAACCGUUCUCAGGAAGGAGGAGGAGAAAGGGAGAAGGAGGUGUUGGAGAGGAGGAAUGCGAAGCUGUUGAGGGCAAUCAAUGAGACGGGGGUCGCGUAUUUCUCACCGACAGUGUGGAAGGGUCGAGCAGCGAUUCGGGCGGCGAUCAGUAACUGGAAGACGACGGUUGAGCGCGAUUGGGAGCCUGUGAGGGCUAUGCUGGAGGAACAAGGGGAGAAGAUCUUGAGGGAGGAAGUAGUUUGAGGGGC